GCUACGAAGUCGGCGAGCUCUGCUUCUUGCUUGCGAUGAAGUAGAGCAGGGGACGAGUACCUGGAAUCUAGCAAGAUUGCAAUUUUGAAAUGCGGAUAGCCUGUUUGAUGGACAUUUUGUGAGAGAGCUUGCAUCCUACUCUCAAGACUGAAACCGCAGCGUGCCAACUAACGCGUACGGACUUGCACAUCCAAGUUGUUACACAAUUUACAGAUAUUGUUUUCCUUAAUUACAUAGUUCAUAUUUUCCAUUUUUUUAUGUAGCUCACACAGUUUUAUUGCAUAGGAUUGGUCAUAUCGGAUCUGAAUGGUUUUUGACGUAUUUGAUCAAGCGAAAGUGGAUUCUCUGUAUUGUGGAUCAAAGUCGCCAAAUAGCACGUCGACCAACAACAUGGAUGUUUUGGCGAAUUACAGUAUUUUCCAGGAACUCCAGCUUGUCCACGACACUGGCUACUUCUCUGCGAUGCCGUCCUUGGAGGAGAACUGGCAGCAGACUUGCCUGGAGCUGGAGCGCUACCUGCAGACGGAACCCAAACGUCUCUCGGAGCUCUUUGACGAGGAGCUGGACAGCCUGCUCACCCCGUCCUUUUCUAAGUCCGACAGCGAGGAGGAGCUCACUGACCCGCUGCUGCCCGGUCUGGCCGAGCCGCCCAGCCCCCCUCCGCCGCUUCUCAGCCCGCCUCGGGAGCGGGAGCACCCAUCGCCACCGUCCGGCACCCAGAGCCCGGACCCUCGGGCGGCGGCAGUGGCGGCGGGGGCCAGUUCCGGUUCCGGAGGGGUCAACGCGGCGCAGCUGAGCGCCGUCACCUCGCUGACGCCGCCCUCCUCCCCGGAGCUGGGCCGUCACCUGGUCAAGCCGGCAGCCGCGCAGACCCUCAGCGCCUCGGCGGACGGCACGCUCACGCUCAAGCUGGUGGCGCGCAAAGUGGGCCUCAGCGCCGCCAAGCUGGUGGCUGCCCACGCGUUGCCUCUGGCCCACGCCCGGCUGGGGUCCGGCGGCGGAGGUGGCGGUGGUGGUGGCGAUGACGGGGGCGAGGCAGGCGCCUGCCCGGGGUCCGGAGGUGGAACGGUGGCCACUGGAGGAGGGGAGGUCCCCGAGAACAAGAAGAGGGUGCACCGCUGCCAGUUCAACGGCUGCCGGAAGGUUUACACCAAGAGCUCCCAUCUGAAGGCGCACCAAAGGACACACACAGGUGAGAAGCCGUACAAGUGUUCAUGGGAAGGCUGCGAGUGGCGUUUCGCCCGGAGCGACGAGCUGACGCGACACUACCGCAAACACACCGGCGCCAAGCCCUUCAAGUGCAACCACUGCGACAGGUGUUUCUCGCGAUCGGACCACUUGGCACUACACAUGAAGAGGCACAUCUGAGGACGGUAGAAGAAGAACGGGGGGAAAGAGUGAGAGAACGAGGAGAAAAGAAGAGACGAGGGAGAGGAGAGAGGAAGAUUAAGACUAUAAGAGAGAGAGAGAGAGAGAGAGAGUGAGGUGUGACUUAUGAAAUGAACAAUGAUCCUGGCCCCAUCUUGAGAGAAAAAAAAAGACCCAACGACAAAAACUGAAACAUAUUCUUUGAUUUUGGGGUUCAGACGCCAAAACAAAAGGCUGAAAACACAAGAAUUGCUAACUGAUCAUCUGCUCACGAAACAAAUACUGAUCAGCUGAAAUGGCUGAUGAACUGGCCUCCGAUCAGCUCUAAUGGCUGUUAAACUGGUCUCUGAUCAGCUCACAUGGCUGUUAAACUGGUCUCCGAUCAGCUUGUAGCCUGUUGAGCUAGUCUCCGAUCAGCUCACAUGGCUGUUCAACUGGUCUCUGAUCAGUUCGUAUGGCUGUUGUGGUUGUUUUUUUUUUCUCUCCUUUCUUUUUUUUUGUUUUGGCCAAAGACUUCUUUCUAGGAGAGGAGCAACAGAUGGAAGCCAUGUUGCGUCAGUGUGGCCACCCGCAGCAGCCGAGUCUGAGCCAUGGGGAUCAGGUACUGCCAAGCAACAACGGCGUGCGUUCUAAUCACGCAACACUCGGUUCUUAUUUUUAACUAACGGACCCCGAGAGACCGCGUUUAAAAAGAGCCUGCCUGCACCUAUCAGCGAAGGACACAUCCGUGGUUUCGUGUUUGCCCGAGUAAACACACCCGUGCUUAGGCUGGUAUGCAUCCGGCACCCCCCUCCCCCCACGGCACUUUGCACUUACACUCGUGCGAGGAUGGUUGCUAGUUUCGAGAGGCAUGGUGACUCGUCCACGAGGAAUGUUGACAUUCAGAAUCUGAGACCAAAAUGGGAGAACCGCUCACUUUAGUGCUCUGUGCGGACACCAGCCCACUUGUGGGCUCACACACCUUCCUCUGAAGACUGUAUCUCUCUCUCUCUGUCCUUUCUUUCCUCUCUCCCUCUCUUUUUUGGCCACUUAGAAGCUGCGCAGCGACACUUUUGGACCUUUUAUAUUCUAUGAAAAAAAAAAAAAAAAAAGAAUCUCGUUUGGAACUACUAUGUCUUAACUAAAAAAAAAAAAAAAGCAUAACUUUUCUCCCCUGCUUUUAUGAACUUCAUUGUGGAAUGGACGUGCACAGAAGAAGAAGAAAGAAAAAAAUUUGCCAUAUGCACAAGCUUUGCGAAAGCCCACCACAGCCAGCCGUCGCGCCAAAAUCCACCCAGCGGGGGUAAAAAAAGAUUUUGUGAACUCCGAAAUGGAAAGCCAACUAGCAAAGAAGGCCCCUUUUGCUAUUGCAAUGUCCCCCCCCAACCCUAUCUUUUUUUGUCACUACCACUUUGGCAACUACUGGAGCCACCCUCCACCCCUACCCCAACCCCCAGAACAGUGUCCCUUUGGGCUUUCCAACAACAGCAUUGUCAUAUCGGCUCCCCUUUCUUCUCAAAACAGACUAAUGAGAAGGCAGCAUUCUUAAGCCUCCCCACCCCACCCAAAUGGACCAGCUUAAACCCUCCACCCAUUAGAACUGGUCACACAGUGCGUCAUACAAUUGUGUGACCACGCUGUCAGUGACACCUCAUGACUAGAGACAGCAGUUGGUUUGUCAUUGUUUUGUCUCAACCUGGGUCCUGCGAGACCCAUUGGGAUAUGUAGACAAAACAUCUGCCUCCACUUCUUGGAGCAUUAGUUUGAAACACUUUCUAAUGCAUUCUAAUGGCACCCAUGUUCCACCAUAGCUGAUGUCCACACAGGAAGUGGCUCUCUCAGUGUCUUUAUUUUUCUAGUGUGUGACACAGCAAGUACAGUAGACAAUGGCUUAACGAUGUAUAUGAGGAAAGUCCAUGGUGUUUGGUUUUUGUUUACGAUUUUUUUUUUCUUUCCCUGAGGUGAUAGGGGAUGGUUAUCUACCCUGACCGUGUACAAUCAAGAGGGGUUUCAGUGGCACUUUGAACAGAAAGUGUUUGUGAAUGUACUGUCUGUUUGUCUGUCAAGUUUGUGUCUCCGUCUGUGUGUCUGUCUGUGCAUGACUCCUGCCCAAGUUGAGCAGUGCAAUGUUGGUCAUGAAAGGGGUAUAUACCAAAAGAGAGUUUAAAAGAAGAAGAAAGAGAAGAUUUGUGCCCAGUUUUAUCUCAGCAUUUACAUAGACGAUCGGCAAAUUGGAAAUAUCUGAAUACACCAAUGCCCAGAAGGGUCCAAUAUGGCAUCAUUUAAGACCGGUUUGACUGGUUGCGCAGUAUAGCCUGAAAAACUGGACUGUGUUCAGUUUGGACUGGAUUCGGAAUGUGAUCCUACAGAGGAAUUCCAGAGAUGCCUAAAGCCAGUUCUGCCCAAGUGCCAGAGUCCUACAGAUGGGCCAAUACAGGCUCGGAACGACACAGAUGGACCAAUCACGGCUCAAAAAUAAAUGUCAAGGUGGUCGGA